AUGACAAGCAGUGAAGAAAUCUCCUCCCAAACUAGUGGGCCUAACCCAAUUCCAGCCCAAAUCCAGGCCCAAAUUCAGUCAUUUAGUUCCAUGGGAUCCAUUUACAGUCAUGAUACCAACUCUUUCCACAUCACAGCCCACAAACUUGAUGGUAGGAGUUAUCUACAAUGGGCACAGUCAGUAAAGUUGGUCAUCUGUGGGCGUGGAAAACUUGGAUACCUCACUGGUGACUUUCCUACCCCUCAUCUAACUGACUCCACUUACAAGGUAUGGCAGGCUAAGAAUUAUAUUGUCCUUGCUUGGCUUAUUAAUUCGAUGGAUCGAAAAAUCAGUCGCAUGUAUUUAUUUUUUAAGAUUUCUAAGGAAGUCUGGGAUGCUGCUAAGAAGAUGUACUCUGACCUUGGAAAUGCCUCUCAGAUUUUUGAGAUUUGUACCAAACUCAAAGAAAUCAAGCAAGGUACUCACACUGUAACCCAAUAUUUCUCAGACUUACAAGACUUGUGGCAGGAACUCGACUUGUAUAUGGAUACCACUCCUUUGUGUGCUACCUGCACCACACUCCAGCGCCAACAAUUAGAAAAGGAGCGGGUCUUUGAAUUCCUUACGAGGUUGAACAAUAAUCUUGAUGAAGUUCAGGGUCGUUUGGUCAGUUGUUCUCCUUUUCCUGACACUGAAGAAGCUUUCUCUGAGGUCAAACAUGAAGAAGCACGUCGUCGUGUCAUGCUCACCACUCCAGAAUUGCCUGUCGUUGAAAGCUCUGUGCUUGUCUCAAAAUCAGGUCCACCACCAUUUGGCAGAUCCACUCUUGACCCUCGACCUAAUCGUACGGGGCAACGACCUUGGUGUGAUCAAUAUCAACGUCAUGGCCAUACUCGCUCCACCUGUUGGGAAAUUCAUGGAAAACCACCAAACUGGACACCUCGUUGCCAGAAUGACAAAAAAACCUAUCACACUCAGACAUCAGAUGCUACCAAUCUGAGCACUCAUGCUGCCCCUUCAUUCAGUCAGGAACAACUCGAACAAUUAUACACGUUCUUUAGUCAAUCUUUCAUGAAACCCAAGUCUGGUCCCGAAUCUCAUAGUGCAUCUGUUGCACAUUCUGGUCAUUUUUCUUCCGCUUUCCAACACCAUGGAUCAUCGACUCUGGCGCAACUGAUCACAUGA